AUGGUGAAGGAUCAUGAAUCAGUGACGGAGAAACAACACGAAGAGGAUGCGGAACUUUGCUUCGAGCUUCAGUUGGAGGAGGCAAUCACCGCUUCUGUCCCAGAAUGUACAGAUCUCGAUCACAAAAGUGUGGAUCGAUCGCUUGCUCAGAAGUUGGUGAACGAUAGCAAAAAGGAUCUUCAUAUCUUGUUGAGUGACAAGAGAUUUGUGCACGGGAUGCAAGCAGACUCAAGCAAUCUUCAAGAGACCUUCACGCUAUACUCCAAGGGGCUGGUCAGUGAAGGCUACCUUAGAGACGAUACAAGGAUGUUUGGUGGCUUUGGUGUAUCCAUCUGUGACCACUCGCUUUUGGACAUGAAGAAAGCUGUCCGAAAUGAACUUUUGGCACUCCUUGAAGUUGUGGAGCUGAUUGCCAUCAUUCAUGUGUUGGAAUGGGCUUUAGAUCUUGAGUUGAGCAGGGUCACUCUCUACUGUGACAAGUCAAACAUCUUAGAAUACAAGGAAAGUGAAGAAGUCACGCCUACUAUUUUUUAUGUACAUGUUACACGCAAAGCUAAAUCAGAAGACUCUACAGUAGCAAAACUUGUUGAGGAAGUGACUCUUCUUCAGAGUCGGUUCUUGUCUUUCAGAGCACUGUUUGUCCGCAGGGAUAUCAUCUAUGUUAUCAAGCUUGCGAAAGAUGAUAUCACAUCUCAAACGAGAUGGAUUGAAGAUGGGAUCGAGUUGGAGACUUGUCCCAUCUGCUUUGAUUACGCUCAACCUUGUGAAAUGUUUGAAAUGCCUACUUGGUUCCACCGUGUCUGCAUUGAUUGCAUGAAGAAACAAGUCACAGAACUGCUUCAUGGUUGGAAAGGAACACAUUGCCCAUGUUGCAAGACAGAGAUUCAGAUUGAAGACUGCAGAUGCAUUGCUGAUCCGGGGCAGAUAGAUGUCAUGAUACACCGGAAGAUAGAGGAAAUGAUACACGUAGCUGAUAGAGUGUAUUGUCCAAAUCCGAGCUGUUCAUUUUCUAAUGUCACAGCGUUCCCUCCUUGCUUAAAAAACAAGACUAAAUGA